AUGCUAGAUAGGUAUAUUGAUUCUGGGCGUCUCUUUGGACGAUUAGCGGUUGCGGGCUGGACGUGUCUCUCUGCUCCUGUAUCUCCGCUGGUGCUUCUUCUUUGUGAAUUGAUUGCAUCCGUCGAGAGAGCCAGCCGCCAAGAUGCCGGUGCCGAUCCAGGGCCGUUACUGUUGGGGGAAGAACGCGGAGCCGCAGCCUAUGAUGCCGACGCCGACGCCGGCGCCGAUGCAGAUGCCGACGCCGACGCCAACGCCGACACUGAAUCCGAUGGCGAUGGCAACCAACAUGGAGGUCGCUGGCCCAGAUCCGUGCCAGUUGGACGGCGUGGAGGCCUGCACUGUUCUCUUCAAUACAAUGCAGGUCGUUCCACGCAAGAAACGUCAAGGCGUUUUCAGGUGCUAGGCGCACCGCAUAAAUUAAACAGCAAUGAUUGU